AUGAAAAACUGGUCCAGAAAAAAUAGAUUUCGAAACCCCCCCUCAACCGGCGUAGUACCAAAAAGUAGCGAUUGUUUGCCUACAUCGGCUGGAGUUUUUCGCUUCGAAUUUACGCCCAAUGGAGACGAUUUGAUCGCCGCGUUAACUGAUGGAACACUUGCUCAAUUUUCGGUCAAUCAACGACAACAAACAUCAAGUGUAAAAGCAUCAGAUUCAAUGCUUCUCGACGUUUCAAUUACUAACUCAUCAUUUCUCACUUCGGAUAACAAUGGUCACGUGAUGCUGUUGGACCGAGCGAGUAGCUCUUUAAUUCAAACACGUGAUGUUCAUCAUUUACCAUACACAAAUGAAGGAUGUGAGGUGUGGACGUGCUCUUUCUUGAAUGACACAAUGUACGCAUCAGGCGGUGAAGAUGCCUUUUUAAAGAUUUGGGAUUAUCGUUCUGACAGCAAAGUUGCCGAGUUGAAGCAUUUCGAAAGUGGUGUCACGUUUGUAGCUCCGAGUAAAUCAGAUACUGACAAAAUUUACACUGGCUCCUACGAUGAACAUUGUCGAAUAUUCGAUACACGAAACUUUUCUCAAGUUUACAAAGAAAUCAAGCUUCCCGGUGGUGUCUGGAAUAUCGAACAAGGAGAAAACGAUUUGCUAGCCGCUUGUAUGUACGGAGGAUGGACUUCGAUGACAAACGAGCUAGAAAUCACUUCUCAAGACGUCGAUUCUGGUAAACAACUUUUAUAUGGUGCAACAAUGAAUAAGAAGUAUAUCGCUUAUGUGACAUUCAACGAUUAUCGCGUUACUGCAAGACAGCAAGGAGUCACUGCAGUUGGCAAGCAAAUGAAA